AAGAAGUCAGUGAUAGCCACCAGUCUGAUAGCGGUGGUGUCACUCUUCGUUGGAGUGGUCAACUACUUGGAGAAGCCCUAUUUCCUCAUGGAACCAGUCUUCAGCAGACAACCCCACAAGGCCUUCAAACCUCACCUGGGAUACGUCAGCAUCCCCAAGCAAGAGUCUCCCGACGUGGGGCACGACGUGGGGCGCCACACCACCCUCAGGGUCGUCUCUCACACCUCCGUCCCUCUACUGCUACAGAGGUCUCAGUACUUCUUCGGCCAGGCCAACGACACGGUGUAUGUGGUGUGGGGUCCUCUGAGGAACAUGAGGAAGGAUGGGAAGGGCAUUGUGUACAACAUGCUGAGACAGGCUAUAGAGAACUACCCCCAGGCUAGGAUCUACCUCACCACAGAGGAACGCAUGAAAUACUGUGACAUGGUGUUCAAGAAGGAGACCGGGAAAGACAGGAUUCAGUCUGGAUCGUACCUCAGCACCGGUUGGUUCACCCUCAUCCUGACUAUGGACAUGUGUAAAGAGAUCCACGUCUACGGCAUGAUCAACCACACCUACUGCAGAUCAGAGGGGUACCGUAAGGUCCCGUACCACUACUAUGAAGCCGGUAGUCGUGAUGAGUGUGCAGAGUACCUCCUCCACGAGAGUGCUCCAUACGGCGGUCACCGUUUCAUCACAGAGAAGGCCGUCUUCGCCAAGUGGUCCAAAACACACGCCAUUAAGUUCUACAACCCGCCAUGGCAACCGUCCUGACCCGGAAGGGACCGCCUAGACGACCUGGGGGGGGGGGGGUCUGGAGGAGGACCACUCUUGAUGACAUCACAGAGCCACCGCCACCUCAUCAUCCAGAGACAGAGGCACAGGGCCAGUCUCAGACACGACCCUGACCAUGACACCAGGAUCCCAAAGGCACUCUAUUUACCAUAUAGUGCACUAUAUCAGACUCUAGUCAAAAGUAAUGCGGUACCCUAUGAGAAAAUAGUACAGUAUGCUCUAAAUACUGUUGGAUUCACUGGAGUGUUUUUGCAGACAUGACUGUAGUAUUUACUACAGAGUGUUGUAUAUACUGCAAAAUGAUAUAGUAAGUACUACACGUGAUCGAGGUAUACUACAGAGUGCAGUAUAGUAUUCUACAGUAUUCUACAGUUUACUACAGUUUACUCCAGAAUACUAUAUCAUUCUAUAGUAAGUACUGUAGUAUUCUAUAGUAAAUUGUAGUAUUUUUUUUAUGUGGAUAGGGUGCCAUCGUAGGACACAGACCAGGCAUGUGUCCCCACCCCCAUUUAUUUAUAACUGAAAUGUACAGUCAGAAUGCAAAACUUGCGCUGCAAUCCCGGCCUCCUUAAUCCCUAAUCCGAAUCCCAGUCCAUCCAUUUCCACGGAUAUUGUAAUCCCAGUCCCACUGUAGCCCUGACAUUAGCCUGGGCUGAGAGGUAGUUAUAACCUCCAUGUCCUCGCUGAACCAUGAACUAUGACCUUCUCUUCACUAAGACAGUCUGCUUCUAUUCCCUGUGUAGUGAACUAAAUAGGGAGUAUGGAGCCAUUUGGGACAUACACAAAGACAAUCUGGUCACUGCAGGGCCGGCACAUACAUACAUACAUACAUACAUACAUACAUACAUACAUACAUACAUACAUA